UUGGUUGGGGGAGGGGCUCAUAGAGAGCACAGGGCUCCCAUUGGCUGUCACGCGGGUAGAGCUCCUGCUCUGGCUUCAUUGAACAACCCACGUUUGAUUAUCUUCUGCUGAUACAACUGUCAGCCGGUAGUAGCAUCAUUUCUGUAUUUUCUAAGAGGAAGAAAAUCAGGUGAUUACAGCUAGGCUACAUUCACAGAAAUUAUUCCAUCUCUGUCGUUUGAAAGCGUGUUUGAAUAUAAAAACCGGUUCUGCCUGGUGGAUUUCCCACUUCUCAGAUCACUGUCGUGGGCUAAACAUCGUUACCUCAACUGCAAGAUACAAUUCUACUGUUUCAACAGAAGGGAUGAAUCCGUGUCAAGAAUCCGGGGAAGAGCUGGUGACUGAGAUAGUAUGUCAGGAGACAGACCUGAAAGAUGGACAGAUGAAAGAAAUUACUGUGGGGGAACAGAAGGUGUUGUUGGUGCGUACUCACGGGCAGUACAGUGCUGUUGGAAGUCAGUGCUCCCAUUACAAUGCUCCUCUUGUUAAAGGGGCCUUGCUUGGUGACAGAGUGAGAUGUCCCUUUCAUGGUGCUUGUUUUAAUGUCAGAACUGGAGACAUUGAAGAGUUUCCAGGUCUGGACUCCCUGCCUACUUACAAGGUAAAAGUUGAGGACGGCAAUGUGUAUGUUUCCAUCAACAAAAAUUCUCUGAAGCAGACGAGGCGGGUCAAGGCGAUGUGCAGCAUGGUGCCAGACAUCAAACACACUGUCUUGCUGAUAGGAGGAGGCCCAGCCUCAUUGGUUUGUGCUGAAACACUGCGGCAGAACUGUUACCAAGGCCGAAUAAUCAUCAUAACCAAAGAUAAUCUGCUUCCAUUUGACAAACCAAAACUGAGUAAGGCUAUGAAUGUGGACAGUGACAGCAUCCUGCUCCGGCCAAGUGACUUUUACCAGCAGCAUGGGAUUGAAGUGUGGAAACAGAAGGAGGUGGUAUCUGUAAAUCCGGCUAAUACGGAGGUGAAAUUGAGCGAUGGGACUUUACAGCAUUACGACCAGCUGCUCAUCUCAACUGGCUGCAGAGCGCGGCCGCUCAGCAUUCCUGGUUCGGACCUAAAGGGAGUGAAGUUACUGCAGAGUUAUGAAGAUGCCAAAGAGAUUCACAGCUCCUGUCUGGGCCAGAGAGCUGUCAUCAUAGGAGCCUCCUUCAUAGGUAUGGAGGUGGCAUCUUUCUUAUCAGACAAAGCUGCCAGUGUGGCCAUGAUUGGUACCAGCGGGUACCCAUAUGAAAGUUCUCUGGGACCAGAAAUUGGCAAAAUGUGUAUGCAGAUGCUGGAGGAAAAAGAUGUGAAGUUCUACAUGAACGAUAGAGUUGUUGAGAUCAGAGGAAAGAAUGGCACGGUGAAUGGGGUGGUGCUGAAGAGCGGUGCAGUCCUUGAUGCUGAUGUGGUGAUUGCUGGAAUUGGGGUAAUCCCUAAUACAGACUUCUUGGCAGGCAGCAAGGUGGAUGUGGAUUCAAAGAAAGCUGUGGUUGUUGACAAGUUCAUGAGGACCAAUAUACCAGAUAUAUUCAGCGCUGGAGAUGUCACCUCUUUUCCUCUGACCAUCCGUGGGGACCAAAGGGUUAACAUUGGCCACUGGCAAAUGUCACAAGCUCAAGGAAGAGUAGCCGCCCUGAACAUGCUAAAAAAGCAGACCAAGAUUGAGUCCGUCCCUUUCUUCUGGACUGUGUUGCUUGGGAAGAGUAUCAGAUACACUGGCUAUGGGGAUGGAUACACAGAAAUCAUUUUCAAAGGCAAAGUGGAGGACAGGAAAUUCCUGGCAUUUUACAUAAAAGACGAGGUGGUGGUAGCUGCAGCUAGUCUGAUGUUUGAUCCCGCGGUGGCUCAGAUUGCACAGAUAAUGGCUGCUGGACAGACAAUAACAAAGGAACAGGCUCGAUCUGAUGACCUGAGCUGGCUGCAGAUGUAACCUGAGGCCUGCUGUAUCCAGGUGCAACACUUCUUGAUGACGCAGGAUGUCGCCUUUCUGUUUUUCUUACUUCCCUUUCCAUCCAGUGGUGACAUUUUUCCCUCACUGCCUCAGGGUGUCUGAGAGCCAAUCAGACUGCUCUUACCCAGGGCUCUGUUUAAGCUUUAUUAAGUUUGCAUAAUGGUGCACUGAGUGAUUUAUCUGUUUCCUGUGUAGGUGUGAUCCACCUGUCAGUUUUCAGUAAAUGUUCUCAACACAACAUAUAUUUUCACAUUUCUCCUCACUUAGACUAAGGUUACAUUUACAGUCAUUUUAAUAGGAUUUGUUGUGUGGUUAUAGUUUUAUAAAAUGUGUUUUCUUACUAUUUCAUCUACUCUAUAUUUUGAAAACACACUCCACUUUGUCUUAGCGUCAGUUUAUUUAUGAGUAACUUAUUUCAAGGCAAAUACAAAGGUCAGUUAAGACAGCACUCCACAAGCACAGUGAUAAAGCUGUUGAUAGUAAUAAUAAUGGUGUGAUCAGUCCUAAAUGUUUACAGCAGAACUGUGGCCUUACAUUAGAUUUAACUGAUAGAAAAAACAUUUCAUUCAGAUUUAUUUAAGUGUGUGAUUUGAGAAAAAGAAGCACUUUUUAGAGUUUUACCUUUGACUUGCCUUGCUUUUUUUUUAAUUGACACACCAGAAUGUGUUGUGAUACAUAACUAAUGCUUGGGUAUUUGACAAAUCUUUUAGGAAGUUUGAUCACUGAUAUGCCAUAUUUACUGAAAAUGGCCUGUAGGUGCAGCAUGGUCUGCAGUUAUAUCUGUUACAACUUCUUUUGAAAUGAUUAUAUGUUCCAAUCUAAACUGGUUAUUCAAAGAUAUUAAACAUUUGCAGUCGCAUACAUCAGA